AUGUUUCCGUCCUUCACAGGCAAUACUCGUCGGCCUCGACAGGUCAACCUCUCAACCCGCUCUACAAACCCCUUUUCUGGCCCUCCUCCGAAGCGUCAACACCCCUCCGGCCAAGGCCCUCAGGCAACACUCGCCAAUGCACAGCAGGAGAGAGCACAACGGCAGCUAGAAAGGGAACGCCUAAACUCGAGCCGGACGAUCCAGAGGGCAUGGCGAGGGUAUAGGAGCAGAAAGGCAACAUGGAGUAUAUGGCGCAACAACUGGGACGAGCAUGAGAAGGCUCGAGGACUAGGAUACCACACAGCUACGGAACUGCAAGGCAGUGCAUAUUCGAGCAGCUUGGAGUGUGCAAAGCAGCUACAGCUUCUUCUACAGUUUAUCCAGACUACAAGCCAAGAAGAUGCUGCGAGGCUUGUGUACUUUUCUAAAUGCCUUCAACGAACGGUGGAGAGUACGUCGCUGUCAACAGAGGGAGAAUGGACGGCCAUGCUCUCGCGUUUGGUGGCGACAACGCUGGAUAUUCUCAAAGCUUCAUGUCAUUCCAGCUCGAUAUCCUACUCAAUAGAUGACCUACUACAGCUUCUGGUCUUCCUUACGAGGCUGAUACCGAAACAGAUGGCGCGUCAAGCGCGUAAGUACUAUGAUGUCAUGGCAAAGCUCACCACACGCUUAUCGCUAGCUUCAAGCCAAAGGAAUAUGGACCUCAGUAGAGAUGGCCUUGUGGAGGCUAUCCUCAGCCUUUUACAGCCAAUAACUUCGGAAACGCUCAUUGUAUAUGAGUGGUUUGCCCGGACGUACCUUACAAUUCCUUCUCUCCAAAACCACCUUGGAACCAUCAGUGACCUAGCGGCACGGGUGAAUUACAAGCUACUAGCGUCCGUCAUAAGCACCAACCUUCUGUCAUCUCAGUCCUUUCUCCAUGCAGAGCAGGUUGAACCUCGAACCUGGCUACUGGCAUAUUUCAUCUACUUUCACAGGCAUGCUCUAGGGGAGCAAGCUUUAAACCAGACACCUGAGGUACUAUUUGUUAAAGUAGUCUCUCAGCUUCUAGGCUCUGCGGCAACACAUGUCUCGCAGAGGCUCGAUUUAGAUGACUUCGGAGAUGGUCAACCUUCUCAGGAGCUAAAGCCUUUACCGCCCUUUGUAAGGAGUGAGAUUUUGACAUUGGUUAACCAAAAUAGCAUUACCCACCUCUUGUCUCUAGCUGGGAAAGGACAGGUAGCAGAGAAUGAUGUACGACAGACCAGAGAAGACGACGCGAAAAGUCUUGCCACAUACGCCUUGACUCUGCUAAGGAUAUUUCCUAAACGAGGAGACGAGAUACGUAUGUGGCUUUACCUUGGCUCAGCAUCGACAUAUGAGGAUACAGGAUCGACGACAUCCAAGUUACCCGCCAUUAAAUAUUUUUGGCAAGCAUCGAGGACAACAAACGUUUAUCACAACGUAUCACACAACCCUAACGAUAUCAUCGACAUGCUUCUUCCUCCUACCAGUGGAGAGAAUAAACAGGCUCAGCAAGAACGGGGCGACCAAGAACAACAGUGGACGGUCAUACUCAUCUUCCUGGAACUCUAUACCUUCCUUUUGAAAGUCUUAGAUGACGAUGAGUUCUUUUCUGGGAAUAGUGACAACAAAUACACGUCCUGGACAAAGGAGAGUGCCCUUGCUCUGGAAGACGUUAAAGAGUUGACCGUAUUUUUGACAAACCUUGCAUUCACCCUUUACUGGAAUUCGUCCACUUUAGCUGCAGCAGAAGCCACCGAAAGGACAUUCGAAAUGCGAGAUUACUUUAGUGUAUCUGGACCGCGCGAGCCGAAUCAACCAGCCCCUCGAAAACCACGAAGUAAAAAUUUGGGAGGUGCCACUGGAAUUCCCCUUCACUAUUUCAAGGGUCUAGUGACGGGAUUGUUGCGGAUGAUACACGAACGAGACUCGAGGCGCAGAUUUUUGCCCGAUGGCCAUUGGCUCAUGACCAACCGGUUUGACAUGGCUGGGUUUAUUCCUACCGUGGUGGCAGAGGAAGAAAACAGGCACCAGCUCCAAGAUGACGAUGAGGAGAGUGAGCCAGAGGACGAGGCUAUGGAGGAUGCCCUUCACUCGUCACUGGGAUUGGUGGGGACUAGCAGAGAGCAAAACAUCCGCCGGAUGGAAAUACUAAGAAGGCGACAGCAACAGGCCUCCAGGCGAAAAGAAUUAGAAGCUGUGGCACCGCGCCUGGAGAUCCUUCGAAACAUGCCCUUUUCCAUACCAUUUACGACGAGGGUCCAAAUCUUCCGAGAGUUUAUAUACAGGGAUCAAGUACGCAGGAGAAAAGGAAACGUGGAUCCGGAUGCGUGGAGGCUGUCUCUUAUCCACGGAGCUACAGAUGGAAUUGCCAUGGCACGAGAGAUCAUGAGCAAACACCAUGCGGACAUACGACGAGAGAAUCUUUUUGAGGAUGCGUUUGAGCAAUUUUACCCGCUUGGGGAAGCGUUUAAGGAACCCAUCCAGAUCACAUUUAUCGACAAGUUUGACACCGUUGAAGCUGGAAUUGACGGCGGCGGCGUCACCAAGGAGUUUCUGACAAGCAUUAUAAACGAUGCAUUUAACCCCUCCGGAACACUAAGCAUGUUUGCGGAGAAUGAUGAGCACUUGCUUUAUCCCAAUCCCGCGUCAGUCGAGCAGCAAAAGUCCCAGCUUCGUGAAGCCGGGAUCGCUGAGCGGAGUCCAGAAUGGAACGAGCACAUACGAGAACUGCUGAAACGAUAUGAGUUCCUGGGGCGUAUUAUCGGAAAGUGCCUUUACGAAGGCAUACUGGUGGACGUUAGCUUUGCUGGCUUCUUCCUGCUAAAGUGGGCUCUGACUGGGGGUACCGGUUCUGCUUCAAGGGAAUCAGCUUACCGGGCAAAUCUAAACGACGUUCAGGAUUUGGACAAGAGUUUGUACCAAGGACUGCUACAACUCAAGAACUAUCCCGGAAACGUGGAAGAUUUCGCACUAAAUUUCACCGUGACCGACACGGUAUCACUGCCGGACGAGAGAGGCAAGGAGAAGACACAGACGAUAACGCGGGAGCUAAAGCCAGGCGGUUCCAACAUCCCUGUCACGAACCAGAACAGGCUGGUGUACAUCUCGUACAUUGCCCGCCAUCGACUCCAGCUGCAGCCCUACCUCCAAACGCAGGCCUUCCUCCAGGGCCUAGGCCAAAUUAUCCAGCCGUCCUGGCUGUCCAUGUUCAACCAAGGCGAGUUGCAACGUCUUGUCGGGGGAGACGCGGUCGAGAUCGACGUAAACGACCUCCGACGCAACACCGUUUACAGCGGCGUCUAUGUCCUGGGAGACGACCAGCAGGACCACCCCACUAUAAAGCUGUUCUGGGAAGUCCUCGAGGCGAUGCCUAAUACAGAUAGGCAGAAGGUACUAAAAUUCGUCACCUCGACGCCGCGUGCUCCCCUGCUGGGAUUCAGUCACUUGAACCCGCGGUUCAGCAUCCGAGACUCCAGCUCCGACGAGGAACGACUGCCCAGUGCCAGCACCUGUGCCAACCUCUUGAAGCUUCCUCUGUACACGAACGCACAUACCCUCCGGGAGAAGCUGAUCAUGAUUCCGUCUUCAUCUGUAGACCUAAUAGCAUUGAGCAAGAUCUCGCCCAUCCAUCUUGAUACCUCCAUAGCCAACACCGCCUCCAACAGCCACUAG